UCCUCCUUCUCCUCCUUUUCCUGUUCCUUUUCCUCCUCUUCCUCCUCCUCCUCUUCCUCUUCUUUCUCUUCCUCCUCUUCCUCCUCGUCUUCCUUCAGAACAGAGCUCAGUUUUUACCAGAGCUCCUUCUUGGCCUCCACUGCCUCAGCUUCCUGCAGCCCUGCUCGCAACCUGCCAAUGGAGAAGGCCCUGAGCAUGUUCUCCGAGGAAUUUGGCAACUUCAUGAGGCCACGGACUGAGCCCCUGGGCUUCCCAGCCCGAACUGGGAACACUGGCAACAUCAAGACCCUGGGUGACACCUAUCAGUUUGCAGUUGACGUGAGUGACUUCUCCCCCGAGGACAUCAUCGUCACCACCUCCAACAACCAGAUCGAAGUGCGAGCUGAGAAGCUGGCCACAGAUGGGACAGUCAUGAACACUUUCACUCACAAGUGCCAGCUUCCUGAAGACGUGGACCCUACAUCGGUGACUUCAGCCCUGGGUGAGGACGGAACCCUCACCGUCCGGGCCCGGCGCCACCCGCACCCAGAGCAUGUGCAGCAGACCUUCCGGACUGAGAUCAAAAUCUGAGAGGUCCCUCACUGGGCCAGCCCAGGGGUCUCCCUCCCCACCCUCACAGCCUCCUCAGGGUCAACCAAGCCUCCAUAUUUCUCCUCCCAGCCUCUGACUGUGGCUUCCAGAUCCAACAGCUCCUCCCCAGUCCUCAAUUCCUGGCCCCCUCCACCUUCCUGCAGCCUUGGUGGGGACCCCAGAAGGCUGGGGAGGUGGGCCCGGAGUUGGGAGGGGGAGGGGGAGUUGAGUGCUACUCUGUUUCCCUCUGCCCUCCUCCAGCCCAGGUCCCCAGGAGCACAUUCUAGAGCCAGUGUGGCUCUAGCCUGUCCCAGAGCCGAGGCUGAGUUCUAGCCUGGGGAGACACCUUAAAGCUGAUUUUUGUCCCUAGGGAGCCAGGGAACUGAAAGCCACAGUCAUGGCAAGAAAGUCCUCAGGCCAGGGUUGCUUUCCAUUGGGAGUUUUGAGAGUUUGGUCCAUCGAGGAGUGAAAGCAGAGCUGGAAGUCUGCGUUGGAGGGGUACGGGGGGGAGGCGGGGAGAGGCACAGGGAGACCAGUGGCCCAGACACUGCCAUCAAGUCACCAGAGCAUUUGGUUUGUCCAUUCCCUGCAGCAUCAUGGGGGUUGGGAGGUGUGACAGAUGAAGGGAGAGGUCAGAGGAGACUUCGCUGUCCUAAGCCCUUGGCCCAGGAGAGGAGCGAGACCCUACCUGUCCCCAGGGUAGAGAGAGAGGGGACAGGAAAAGGGAGAGAUGGGGCGGUCGGGGUGUGGGAGGAACGGGGGGGUUGGUUGCCCAGAAACAGGCCCUGGGCCAGGCCGGAGCCUCGAGGACAGAGUCUUGACCAUGUGGAUAGAAGUCCAGUCCCGUGCUGCCCCAGGCUUGGAUGGUGGGGCUGUGGAUGGUGUCCCAUGGAGCGGUACGAUCAGAGGGGCAGGAGGCCUGCAAGCUGACCCGGAGGAAAUGGUAGCAGUCCCUUGACCCAGUGGGUGCCCCUCCCCAAACCCCUACCCCCACCCCCUGUCAACUGUCCUCAUGGAGGACCAGAGGAACAAGGGCCUGGAGCUGGAGUUGUGUUUGUAUAUAGAUGGGAUUUCUCUGGUGGCUUCCUGAUAAAUUAUUUGUAACCAC